UGCUGUCAUAACAAAUUAAUUUAGGUUCGGCGUCAGAUAUUAUUAUUUUUUGGUUAUUAAUUCUUUGAACAAGCUCAAAUCACAAUGAGCCGAUGGUUAGAUGUGGAGGUUGGAACAGACGAAAUAAAUCUUAAUACUUUGCCUUCAAAUUUGGCUUUGGUUGAUCUUCAGAAUGAUAACGAGUAUAAGCUUCUAGUUGGAGAUUUCGGGCGAGGAGAGGAAAUGCCUAAACUUAAGAUAUUUAGAGGAGCAAUGCAGAUGUCCGAUUUAGUGCUCCCUGAUCUACCUCUAAGUGUAGUUGGCUUCUACACCAGUGAGGCAAUGCCUCGUCCAUGUCCUGUCAUAGCAAUAGCAAUGAGUUCAUGCAUUUACAUAUAUCGGAAUAUGAAACUGUUUUAUAAAUAUUAUCUACCUUCAGUGGAACAAAAUAGUUGCGAAUUAGAAAUAUGGAGACAGUUAAUAGAUCCAAUAAAUCAUAAUGAAGAGUCUAUUAAAGGUCUAACAGCAAGCCUGCAAGCGAUACCACAGAAAGUGUUAAGCAAACAGUCUCACAACUUUUUAGAUCUUGAUUUUGAACAAAGAAUAGAGUAUCUAGAGCAGUUAACAGAGUUGCCAGUUAGAAAAAAUGUUGAAAUAGUUUGUAUAACAACAAUGAAAAUUAAUUCAAUAGACAAACAUGGUGUUAGUUGUCUGAUUGUAGGAAGUGAGGAGGGAGAAAUUAUUAUUUUAGAUCCAAAUACUUUCACACCUAUGUCUGUGGCAAAAUUAUGUGCAGUGAAGAAUACACCAUACCAAAUUGUAGCGACAGGACUAUACAAUGUUGAUUACAGACUGACUGUGGGCACCAGAGAAAAAUCAGUAUGUCUCCUGAAGAGAGAGUGGAAGGAAGGUCAAUUGCUAUUUAGUACCGAUGAACAUAUAGUUGCUAUUGAAGUGUCGCCCAUAGACAAUAGUAUAUUUGUUAUAUGUUGCAAUAAUACACUAUCUUGUUAUAGCAAAAAGGGUAAAAAACAAUGGUCAAUAAUUCUAGAGCAUAGACCAGUAGCCCUAACUUUGGUACCUAUCAUGCAUUUAGGUACCACUCUGGUUGCAGUCGCUCUUGCGUCGGGACAUUUACAUCUGUACGAUGGAAAGUCACGCAGAGAUAUUAUGUUUAUAAAAGGAGUGGUAUCUGCAAUGAAAUUUGGACAACUCGGACAAGAGGAGAAUGUAUUUGUAAUUGUAACAGCUAAUGGUAAUCUAAUGUUGAAAAUACUAAAGAGAACAGCGGAUUUUAACGCAGAAGCAAGUGCGGAUGUAACCAUUGAUAAUAUCAGUUCAGAAAAACCUUGGCUGAUACCUAAAAGAUCUAAGUUAUUCCUAGAACAGUCCGCUAGAGAACGAGAAAAUGCUAUCGAAAUGCAUGAAACUUUUCAACACGAGUUAAAUAGGCUAAGACUUUUGGCAGCUAAGACUCUUCUAGAAGUACAUAUUAAGUCUGAUAAUUCUAUAGCGGUGGGGGCUCUAGAACCUAUACGGCUUACUGCUGAGGUGGAAGGUCUAGGCCCCGUGUUUCGUGUGACCCUCAUCUUGGAGAACAGGAGCAGGUCGCACGCAGCCGCCGGCCUCGCGCUGCUGCUGCUCGCCAACGAGAAUAAUUACAAGCUAUAUAGUCCUUACUUAAAGGUUCCCCUCCUCGGUCCGAAUACCCAACUACGUCUGCCAACAAAAGUGGAAGAGAUAUUCGAUGAAAAUAUAAACCCUGAGGUAUUCCUGCGGGGUGUCACUCACGAGGGCGGGCAGCGCGCCUUGCUCAAAGUCCUGCUAUUAAAAGAUGGGCAGCGUUCCCCCGCGCUCGCCGCCACCGUGCUCAUGCCAUCUACUGACCCCAUCAUGAUACCUUAUGACACACAAACUGACACCGCUUUCCAAUAAUAAAAAACUAAACUUUAAUUUAAAAAAAUGCACUUCAGAAAGUAGAAAGGUUUCUGUGAUGUAUGUAAUUGUGUACAUUAAAAAUUACAAA